AUGCUGAAGAGGAGGAAUGUUUUAGAGAGAACUACUUUACAGCAGAAGAAUAAGAAGAUCAACAAUAAUGAAGUUCACAGUGUGAAGAAAAACAGGUUUUUGAUCACAGUGAAUGUUGUUGGAAGCGCAGGGCCAAUAAGGUUUGUGGUGAAUGAAGAUGAUCUUGUUGCUGGGGUCAUCGACACUGCUCUCAAGUCCUAUGCUCGUGAAGGCCGCCUACCACUUCUUGGUUCCGAUGUCAAGGAUUUCCUUCUCUACUGCGCUAACGCAGGAUCUGACGCCUUAAGUCCAUGGGAAAGUAUAGGAUCUCAUGGGGGAAGGAACUUUGUGCUGAGCAAAAAGCAGAAGGCAGUGCAGAAUGUUGCAGAGAGAAAGCCAGAGAUGACAGCUCCAAAGGGAUCAGUUAGUAGCUGGAAGGCAUGGCUCAACAAAUCAUUUCCUUUCAAGAUAUCAUCUCACUGA